AUGGCUGGAUCCACCUUGCUUUUUUCCACUCCCAAGGUCUCUCACUCCAAAAUACUCAAUCCAAUCCCUAGAUGUACGCUUACGAAAUCUCUGCCCCAAUAUAAUCAGAACAAAGUUAUUGGCCCGAUCAUUGUUUGUGCUCUGCGAGACAAAUAUUUUAGGAGUGAUUUUGGUGCUGAGCUCGAAUCGGACAACAAUGGAUGGAAGAAACUGUUGGACUCGUUGUCCGUGCUCUGUGCUUCUGUUGCCUUGUCGGCGAGUUUGUUCGUGGCAGACGUUGAUUGCGCAUCGGCUUUUGUAGUUACUACUCCGAGGAAGUUGCAGUCGGAUGAGCUUGCUACUGUUCGUCUUUUUCAGGAGAACACUCCAUCUGUUGUCUACAUUACUAAUCUAGCUUCAAGGCAAGAUGCGUUUACUUUGGAUGUGUUGGAGGUGCCACAAGGAUCGGGAUCUGGAUUUGUUUGGGAUGUGCAAGGCCAUAUUGUUACGAACUAUCAUGUGAUUCGUGGCGCAUCUGAUCUCAAGGUAACCCUCGCAGACCAGAGUACAUAUGAUGCAAAAGUUGUUGGAUUUGAUCAGGAUAAAGAUGUUGCUGUACUAAGUAUUGAUGCGCCAAAAGACAAGCUAAGACCAAUACCAAUUGGCAUAUCUGCUGACUUGCUUGUUGGUCAAAAAGUGUAUGCAAUAGGAAAUCCGUUUGGACUUGACCACACACUUACUACAGGUGUCAUAAGUGGUCUUCGGAGGGAAAUAAGUUCAGCUGCAACUGGCCGUCCGAUUCAGGAUGUCAUUCAGACCGAUGCUGCAAUCAACCCAGGCAACAGUGGGGGCCCACUUCUUGAUAGUUCCGGAAACCUUAUCGGGAUAAACACAGCUAUAUACUCUCCUUCUGGUGCUUCGUCUGGUGUCGGUUUUUCCAUUCCAGUUGACACUGUAAGUGGGAUCGUUGAUCAAUUGGUGAAGUUCGGGAAAGUUACCCGUCCUAUUUUAGGGAUUAAAUUUGCUCCUGAUCAGUCAGUCGAGCAACUAGGAGUCAGUGGGGUCCUUAUAUUGGAUGCUCCUUUGAAUGGGCCAGCUGGCAAAGCAGGUCUUCAACCCACCAAACGUGAUGCCUAUGGAAGACUUGUACUCGGGGAUAUAAUUACAUCAGUUAACGGGAAGAAGGUUUCAAAUGGUAGUGACUUGUACAGAAUUCUUGACCAGUGCAAAGUAGGAGAUAAGGUUACUGUAGAAGUCCUGCGUGGGGAUAAACUGGAGAAAGUCCCAGUAAUCCUCGAACCAAAGCCAGACGAAUCGUAA